UUAACGACGCAUUCUUUUCUCAGGUGGAUAGUCACCAGGCCCUCCUGGGCCUCCAACGUAAGGAGCACCAGGUGCUGGGCCACCAGGUCCUCCAGGCGCGCCAUACGGUCCAGGUCCCGAUCCCGGUCUCGGCUGACCUGGUUGGUCAUUUUUGAAGAUCUGCAAAAGACGUUGGACUCCUUCCAGCAUGUUAUUUGUCUGAGGUUGGCGCUGACUUCCAGGUUCCCUCAUUCCUCUAGGUGUUCCAGGCCCACCUGGUCCUCCAGGACCCCCAGGUCCUCCUUUUCCUUGCGACGCUCCACCUGGCCCUGGCGGCCCACCUGGUCCUCCAGGACCUCCUGGUCCAGUUGGCCCUCCUUGAGGAUAUGGCUGGUAUCCGCCCAUUGGUGGACCGAAUCCUGGCUGGCCAUACUGUGGCGGACCCAUCAUUCCUGGCCCAUGUCCCGGUGGCCCACCGGGGCCACCAGCACCAGCUCUCAUGCCGAGACGUUCACGACGAGCAGCUUCGAGCCUCUCGAGCUCUUGCUGCCGACGUUGUAGAUCCUCUCGAAGCAUUUGAGCUUGGUAGUCCUGAUAAGCUAGCUCCAUGUCAGCUUCGAGUCGACGACGUGCCUCUCUCAGCUCAUCUUCCAGCUGUGCUCUACGCUGUUUCUCGAUUUCAUACAGCUCCUUCCACUUCAUACCGUACACAAAUUCGAAAGUGUUACGAGCGGGAAAACGAGGACCAAAUUCACGCUCCUUAAUAAGUUGAGAAGUUCUAGGUAUCAUUCUCUCUGCAAGUCCGUCGUCCUCAUCUCUCGGCUCGAGAACCUCGACGACAAGAGGUUUGGGGCUCCUAAUACAGAUUAUUGUAUGGAUCCAGAAGGGAGCAACUUGGAAGCAACGACAUAA